CAUGAUUUAUUACAAGGGAUGCUAAUUUGAUAAAGACUAUCUUUUGAGUCUUAAUUUGGAAAUCGAUCUGUAGAAAUCCGAGAAAAUAACUUAAAGUGACAGCGAAAGAUUUUAAGCAGUUAGUGAGAUAAAUAGAAGAGAGCACGAUCAAGAGCGUAAAAUGACCGAAGAUGAAAAGGUAGACAACCGGAGAUCUGAAGAGGGAGACGAAGGAACAAUAUAUAUUCAACCUAUCGAAACAGAAAGCAUGGGUCUUGAAAGUGACCUGCCAGAAGACGACCAGGCUGUUGGAGAGGACCUGCCCGAUGGCUUUAAAAAGUUAAUCAAAACAACUGUAAAGGCAGUAGCAUGCGGACUUUCACAAAAAACAAAAGAAGAAGACAAGACUUCGUAUAUUCAACAUGUCGACAUGUAUGAGCCAGCCGCUAGCAACAAACAUAUUUCUCAACCAAUUGGGACUCCUACAAUGGUUGAAGAAGUUGAUACCGAAAAUGUACAUGAUUUAAACCUUCAUAUGCGUGGAUAUAUGGUUCUUAUUGUGAAUAGAACUUUUGAUAAAAAAUCUUUAAGAUAUGGUGCUGAGAAUGACUUAGAAAAUAUGCAAAACAUAGCAGAAAAACUCGGUUACAAGAUACAUAAUACCGAGUAUUGUGAAAAUCUUAAUCAAUCGGAAACAAUGGAUGUUUUACAAAAGGCACGAAAAGCAGACCAUAGCCAUUGCGAUAGUUUUGCUGUCAUGAUAAGUACACACGGAUGUGAAGAGCCCAACAGUAAAGCCAAAGGGAAGAUGGAUCAUGUCCUCAUUUGUGCAGACGACAAGAUGAUUUUCACAAGCACCAUUACAGAGAUGUUCAAUGAUGAAAAUUGUCCAACACUGAAGGGAAAAACAAAACUGUUUUUCAUCCAGGCUUGCAGAGGGGCUGUAGUUAUAUCCCGAGGCUUUAUAAACGUGCGGGCAAAGAAGUAGACAAAGGGGUCAAACUUUCAAUGUCGGAUCAGAAAUCCAUAGAGCAACCUUUAGACGCAUCAACAACUUCGCGACAAAACGUUGAUGACCUAUCAGAUGCAGCGGGUGCAAUAAUUUCAUCGAGCGUUCGAGCAACCACAGCUGUCACCACCGGUAAAGACCUAAAAGAAACAAAUGAAUCCUUAAAGCUAGUU